AUGCAAUCAACUGAAGAGUUCGUGAAAUUCUUAGGAAAAGGUGCUUUUGGUUCUGUUGAUCUCGUCAAAUACACUAAAAGCGACGGUUCCUCGUACCAUGCCGCCGUCAAAACAUCCAUGGCCAGAGAUUACGACUCUCUCAACAGAGAGAUUAAGAUUCUGUCCGAACUCAAGGGAUAUCCUAACAUCGUUCUAUGCUAUGAAGACGAUUUGGAAGAAGCUUUCGACGUUAACGGACGCAAAGUCUACAAAUUGCUUCUCGAGUACGCAAGGGAAGGGAGUUUAAGUUCUUUCAUGAAGAAAUAUACCGACAGAAAGCUACCAGAUCCAUUGAUCAGAGACUUCACUCGCAUGAUUCUCCAAGGAUUGGUCGCGAUUCAUAGCCAUGGUUAUGUUCAUUGUGAUCUCAAAUCAGAUAACCUCCUUAUCUUCUCGUGGAAUGAUUCUUCGUACGAGCUGAAGAUUUCUGAUUUUGGAAACACUAGAGAAGUCGGAGAAGUUCCAGAUCACUGGGAAGUUGACUUCCCGUUUGUCGGAACGCCUGUUUACAUGCCACCAGAGUCUCUCCACGACGGGGCUGCGAAGAAAACCCUAGAUUUGUGGUCGUUAGGGUGCUUAGUGUUGCAGAUGUAUACAGGUAAAAAGCCAUGGGCAGGGGUUGGAAUUGUCGAUCUCAUGAAUUUUCUCUCUGUUGGUGAAGCUCCAGAGAUCCCUGAGUAUGUGCCUUGUGAUGCAAGGGAGUUUAUUGAAACGUGUUUCGCAAGGACACUUGAGAAGAGAGGAAACGCAUCUGAGUUGAUGUUGCAUAGGUUUUUGUGUCCUGACGAAGAGAAGACGGAGAAGAUUGCUGUACCCGUCGCUAAAGAGAAAAUUUCGUUGCUGGUUAAGUUGAAGUUGAGAAUCAGACAAGCUUCAAAGAUAACAAAGGAUGUUAGAAAAAAGCCCUUGAAAUUGAAGAUUUUGCCAUCUAAGCCUCUACUGUUUAAGAAAAUUUCGAGUAAACUCUUGAAGUUGAAGACGUUUUAUCCGAGACACUUGGAUUCCAGUUUAGUAUCUGUUCAGUAG